CGCCGUUUGUAGCUCCACCUGACAAAAGUUGUGACUAUAUGCAGUUUAACAUCUCAAGAAACUGGAAAAAAGAAAAACUUUCUAGUGGCAUGGAGGUCUGUGCCUGAAGGCAGGGUCCAGUGAAUGUGUCACAUCAGAGAAUUGAUACUGUAUUACAAACAAAGUGAUUGGAAUCAUAUUAAGAUAUAAAAUAGAAUUUGUGCCAGUCUACUUAACACAGAAUGGCUACAAAUGGAACUGGAGAACGUCUUGAUGAGGGUGAUAGGCUACUUGAGCAACAGGAGAUCAUAGGGCAGCUUACAGAUCAUUCUUUUGUGUCGCAAAAAGAGUUUGAUGAAAAUUAUGAAUUUCAAAGUCAUCCACCUCCAAAGUUAAAACAGAUUGUGACGAAUAAAUUGGGGAAAUGCAAGUGUUCAGGGACCUGUGUGAAGAGAUUUAUAUAUUCGAUAUUCCCUUUCAUAAACAUCAUGAAGAAUUACAACAUAAGAGAGGAUAUAGGGGGCGAUAUUGUAGCGGGAUUGACCAUCGGGAUUAUGCACAUUCCUCAGGGUAUGGCUUAUGCAAUGUUAGCUACACUGAAACCAGUUCAUGGUCUGUACAUGUCGUUCUUUCCAGUGUUGCUCUAUUUCUUCUUUGGAUCCAGUAGACAUAUCUCUGUUGGUGCUAAUUCUGUUGCUUGUUUGAUGUUGGGCUCAGCUGUUUCUAAGGGGAUAGACAGUCUGUCUGGAUCAGCAGAAAAAUCUGGACUGGUUUCUUUGGUAUUAGGAAAUCAAACAGUGAACCAGACAGGCAGUUCUGAAGGGAACCAUUCUGAGUACCAGACCACAGAAUCCUCUGUUGCAGACGACACUGCUGCUGUAUCAGAUGAGGAACUGGAGCUUAGAUUGCAGUUUGCUAUGUCGGUUACAUUUUUGUCUGGAGCAAUUCAGUUGCUGAUGUCUAUAUUUAGAUUAGGAUUUAUCACAGAGUACCUGUCAGAUGCCCUGAUCAGUGGGUUCAUGACAGGUGUAUCUUGUCAUAUCUUUACAAGUCAAGUCAAACAUUUGUUUGGUGUGAAACAUGGAAGAUAUACUGGCGUUUUCAAACUUGUCUAUACAUACCGUGAUAUUUUCAAGAAUAUUGGGACGGCCAACUACGUAACUAUUUUAUUGGCUGUUGCAUGUAUAGCCUCUUUGUACUGCACAUCAAGAUUUAUCAACCAGAAUCCAAAACUGAAACCGAAAAUGUUCAUGCCAGUACCUAUUGAAUUAAUUGUGGUUGUACUAGCUACAGUGAUCUCAUAUGCAAUUAAGCUAGAGGAAAACUUUGAUGUAGCUGUUGUGUCAGACAUUCCUACAGGUUUACCCAUUCCCAAUGCAAGAGGUGUCAGUCGUAUUUCAGGAUUGAUAAUUCCCGAUGCAUUUGCUCUUGGUAUUGUGAUAUUUUCCAUCUAUAUCUCCAUGGGCAAGAUGUUGGCUAAAAAACAUGACUAUGAAGUAGAUGCUAACCAGGAGUUGAUGGCCUUUGGUGUAUCUACAAUUAUUUGUUCCUUCUUUACCGCCGCAGCACCAUCUGUAGCCCUGUCAAGGAGUAUUGUACAAGAAAGAGUAGGUGGUAAAACACAGGUUGCAGGUUUGGUUUCCUGUUGUCUUCUCCUGGUGGUUUUACUGGCUGUAGGACCAUAUUUCAGGACAACACCAAAUUGUGUGUUGUCCUCCAUUGUUGUGGUUGCUAUAAGAGGAAUGUUUCUACAAGUUUUAGACCUGAAGAAGAUCUGGAAUGUUUCCUCAAUAGAUUUUUUUGUAUGGAUAGUGGCAUGUAUAGCUACAGUGCUGAUGGAUGUGGAUUUGGGUCUAGGAACUGCUGUAGCUUUUAAUAUCAUUGUUGCCAUGUGUAGAAUACAGAGGCCGAAUGCAUGUUUACUCGGACAUGUUCCUGGGACGGAUAUAUACAUAGACAUGAAUUUCUAUCAGAAGGCAAGAGAGAUACCAGCUGUUAAAAUAUUUAGGUUUGAACAGUCAUUAUUUUUCCUAAACAAGGAACACUUCCGCACACUUCUUUACAAGAAUACAGUAAACCCAAAUACACUGAAAAUUGCUCAAGACAAAAGAGAGAAGAAACUUAGAAAACUGCAAAAGAAAGAACCAAUUAUUGAUGGAGAAGUCCGUAAUGAAUCAGCACCAGAAAGAGAGCAUCUAGAUAUAGAACUUAAUAUUUUACCAGACACUGACCUUGAUAUUGUAGAUGUUACACAAAGAAAUACAUUACAUGUGGACUUUCACACUAUAAUCUUUGACUGUUCAUUGUGGAGUUUUGUGGAUUCCAUGGGUGUUAAAGUUCUUAAAGCUGUGAUUGGAGAAUAUAAAGCUGUAGGCAUUAAAGUUUUAUUUGCAAAUUGCAAAGUUGGUGUGAGAGAAAUGUUUGAAAAGACCAAGUUUUAUGACACUUUGGAUCAGUCCAAUAUAUAUGUGUCUGUACAUGAUGCAGUAAUACACUCUAUACAGGCUUACAGUUUUAAGAAUGGUGCAAAUAUAUCAAAUAAAGAAGGUUCUCCAGAUGAAGUUUGAUUGUAAGGGAGGCUAGGAAGAUAUCUCAGGUCUACUUCAUGAGAACCAGGGUGUACAUCAAAGCAAACAUGGCAUUACAUACUUGAUUUGUCUGUGUGGGAAGUAAAAAUUGUAGGGUAAAACUAUAUCCCACCUAAUACUAAAGUGUUCUUGCUAUAAUAUUUGGGUUUUAAAUGAAGGUUGUGCUUGGCAUACUUGGCGAAAGGGAAAUUGAUGGAAAAACAUGCAAGUGUUUUACAUGUAUGUAUGUUAUACUAAGCUCCUAUCCAUGUGUUUCAAAGAUGUGCAUGUUUUACUAGGUAUACCAAGUUACUGUCCAUGUGUUUCAAAUAUCUGCAUGUUUUACUAGGUAUACCAAGUUACUAUCCAUGUGUUUCAAAUAUCUGCAUGUUCUACUAGGUAUACCAAGUUGCUAUCCAUGUGUUUCAAAUAUCUGCAUGUUUUACUAGGUAUACCAAGUUACUAUCCAUGUGUUUCAAAUAUCUGCAUGUUUUACUAGGUAUACCAAGUUACUACCCAUGUGUUUCAAAUAUCUGCAUGUUUUACUAGGUAUACCAAGUUGCUAUCAAUGUGUUUCAAAUAUCUGCAUGUUCUACUAGGUAUACCAAGUUGCUAUCCAUGUGUUUCAAAUAUCUGCAUGUUCUACCAGGUAUACCAAGUUGCUAUCCAUGUGUUUCAAAUAUCUGCAUGUUCUACUAGGUAUACCAAGUUGCUAUCCAUGUGUUUCAAAUAUCUGCAUGUUUUACUAGGUAUACCAAGUUACUAUCCAUGUGUUUCAAAUAUCUGCAUGUUCUACUAGGUGUACCAAGUUACUUUCCAUGUGUUUCAAAUAUCUGCAUGUUCUACUAGGUUACUAUCCAUGUGUUUCAAAUAUCUGCAUGUUCUACUAGGUGUACCAAGUUACUUUCCAUGUGUUUCAAAUAUCUGCAUGUUCUACUAGGUAUACCAGGUUACUAUCCAUGUGUUUCAAAUAUCUGCAUGUUCUACUAGGUAUACCAAGUUACUAUCCAUGUGUUUCAAAUAUCUGCAUGUUCUACUAGGUUACUAUCCAUGUGUUUCAAAUAUCUGCAUGUUCUACUAGGUGUACCAAGUUACUUUCCAUGUGUUUCAAAUAUCUGCAUGUUCUACUAGGUUACUAUCCAUGUGUUUCAAAUAUCUGCAUGUUCUACUAGGUAUACCAAGUUAUUAUCCAUGUGUUUCAAAUAUCUGCAUGUUCUAUUAGGUUACUAUCCAUGUGUUUCAAAUAUCUGCAUGUUCUACUAGGUAUACCAAGUUACUAUCCAUGUGUUUCAAAUAUCUGCAUGUUCUACUAGGUAUACCAAGUUACUAUCCAUGUGUUUCAAAUAUCUGCAUGUUCUACUAGGUUACUAUCCAUGUGUUUCAAAUAUCUGCAUGUUCUACUAGGUGUACCAAGUUACUUUCCAUGUGUUUCAAAUAUCUGCAUGUUCUACUAGGUAUACCAGGUUACUAUCCAUGUGUUUCAAAUAUCUGCAUGUUCUACUAGGUUACUAUCCAUGUGUUUCAAAUAUAUGCAUGUUCUACUAGGUAUACCAAGUUACUUUCCAUGUGUUUCAGAUAUGUGCAUGUUCUACUAGGUAUACCAAGUUACUAUCCAUGUGUUUCAAAUAUGUGCAUGUUCUACUAGGUAUACCAAGUUGCUGUCCAUGUGUUUCAAAUAUGUGCAUGUUCUACUAGGUAUACCAAGUUGCUUUCGAUGUAUACCAAGUUACUAUCCAUGUGUUUCAAAUAUAUGCAUGUUCUACUAGGUAUACCAAGUUACUAUCCAUGUGUUUCAAAUAUAUGCAUGUUCUACUAGGUAUACCAAGUUACUAUCCAUGUGUUUCAAAUAUAUGCAUGUUCUACUAGGUAUACCAAGUUACUAUCCAUGUGUUUCAAAUAUGUGCAUGUUCUACUAGGUAUACCAAGUUACUAUCCAUGUGUUUCAAAUAUAUGCAUGUUCUACUAGGUAUACCAAGUUACUGUCCAUGUGUUUCAAAUAUAUGCAUGUUCUACUAGGUAUACCAAGUUACUGUCCAUGUGUUUCAAAUAUAUGCAUGUUCUACUAGGUAUACCAAGUUACUGUCCAUGUGUUUCAAAUAUAUGCAUGUUCUACUAGGUAUACCAAGUUACUGUCCAUGUGUUUUGAAUGUGUGCAUGUUUUACUAGGUGUUCUAAAUUACUGUCCAUGUGUUUCAAAUAUGUGCAUGUUCUAACUAUAAUUAUUAUCCAUGACAUUAUCAGGGUAUUAUAUAGACAGUAGACUGUAGCUCAUAUUUAGCAUGAUAUGACCUAUUUUAAGCACAUAACCAGUGCUAGUGUUUUAUCUGUGAUUUUUACAUGACAUUAAAGAAAAUGCCAGUGAUAGAGCAUUGCCCAAACGACAGAUUUACAUGACAUAUUAUCCAUUAUAAUAUAUAAAAUUAUUUCAUGACUUAAAUUCUGCUUUUGUAGAAAUAUUUUACUCGAGAUAUUAUUAGUUUUAGAUUAAAUAUUUUACAUGAAUUAAUAUCAAUUUUAAACUGUAAGUUAGCAUUUUGCAGGACAGAUCGCAUGUCAGUCCUUUCCAUUUUUAAAGGUAAAAUCUCAGGUUUUAACUUAGAUGAGUUUUAUAUGACAUUAUGUGAAUGGUCUCAGUGGUAUUAUAAAAAAGUUCCACCUCUUUAUACAAGGGUUUGUUAUAUGAACAUGACAUUCCUCAUUUAAUUUUGUAUUUACAUUAAUAUGAAGUAAUAUAUUGUACACUUACUGAAUUUGUUACCUGUUGACAGUCAAAACUAAGGCCUGAAAUCCAAAAAUACUCAAAACUCAAAAUAAAAAAAUUAAAAGCUCAAAAACCCAUAUUCUAAUAUUCAUAAUUUGACUAAACUUCAGUUUUAAAGAACGAUCAUUUUUAGCCAAAAUCUGGAGGCCAGUGCCUUUAAAGGGUCUUAAACAAAUGGACGUUUCGAAAAAAAAACCACACUGAAAUGGUUCUUUUUAAGUAAUGUCUCAUACAUGUAAGGUUUGCUCUGUGUUGUUUUUUAUAUACUCUUUAUCUCGUAUGACAUUAUAUGUGCAGGUCAACAGUAAACAGAAAUUAUAGAUAGACAUUAUUAUUUUCGGGUGGCGGAUUGUAGCUGAUAUCUUGACUUGGUCAACAUUUGCAUGUUUAAUAUAGCAGCAUUAGACAUUUUUUAUGUUUUAAGCUCACCGGGACCCAGUUUUUUAAAAUUUCAACAGGUGAUUAACGUAACGGUCGAUUAACUUUUACUGUUAUAUUUUAAUAUUUUACAAGACUUAAGUAAAACGAAUGUUAAGGAUUAUGAACACUAAAAAUUCUUUGCAGUAAAAUCAAAACAUUAGACCACUGUUUCCCACCAAGACUAAUAUUUUGAAUAAAAUUUUAAGCGGUGAUUAAACAGACAUUCGAAGUAUCUUGGAAAUUGGCUCGGAGCACGUAGUGCUCGGAUCGAGCUCUUAUGACCACUCGCAGUCCGUCGUACGUCCGUUUCUGAAAACUGUGACACUUGGACUGGAUAUUCAUUGAAUGGUAUUUUGUAAACUGUGUUAAGUUGCACAUUAGGACCCUCUGUGGCUCAGUUACGGUCGAUGGCUUCAAACCACUUGCCCGGUGUGAAACCUCUGUUGGGGUUUAGAAUUCUUUCAUUUGUGAAACCCAUCCAUUUGGCUUACGGGGGGCACCUGGGAGUCUUCAUACAAAACUAUUUGUAAAAAAAAGUUGAAUACUAGUAAAGGUGCUGAAACUAAAAAUAUUUUCAAGUACACAUGUAACAUCGCCGAAGUAUGGUUCAGUUUUGAAAUAAGUUCAUAGAAAUGUUUCUACGGUAACCCUCAGCUAAAAUUGAUCAAAUUAUUCAUUUUGUAAAAAAAAACGGCCGCCGGAGGUUGUUUUUGUUGGGUUUUAACGUCGCACCGACACAAUUAUAGGUCACAAUGGCGACUUUCCACCUUUGAUGGUGGAGGAAGACCCAAUGUGCCCCUCCGUGCAUUAUUCCACCACGAGCGGGCACUUUGGUAGAACCACCAACCUUCCGUAGGCCAGUUGGAUGGCUUCCUCGCAUGAAAAAUUCAACGCCCCGAGUGAGACUCGAACCCACAUCGGUGAGGGGCAAGUGAUUUGAAGUCAGCGACCAUGGAGGCCCCGCCAGGGGAUUGCUUAUCUCUCUCUCUCUCUCUCUCUCUCUCUAUAUAUAUAUUAUAUAUGUGUGUGGUUAAAGUGGAAGCUUUUAAACUUUGAAAUAAUUUUACACAUAAUGAUCCAUGGGUUACCCUACCAAGAUUGUUCAAAUUUGUCUGAUUAGUCAAAAACAAUGCCGACGGAAGGUGUGGUCACUUCUUUAUAUGUAUACAGCGGGAACUAAAUGCUCUAGUCAAAACGUGCCGGCAAGAUCAGUUUAGAGUAAUCUUACCCAAAAUGUCCUUGGGCUGACCCUUUACAAAGAUUACUCUGAAUCGUGAAAAACAAUUGCGGUCAGAACUAAAAUCUUCUUUAUAUGCAUAUCAUCAGGUGAUUUUUAUAUUUGUAGAAUUAAUUGCUUGAAUAAACAGUACAUUUCCUCGUGUUUAUUAGUUCAACAUGUACACAUUUAGUUAUGGUAAAUGGGACAGUUGCCUAUAUAUAUAUAUAAGGCAAAAAUUUUCCUACGGGCAGAAUUUCUUUAAACUUUGUAUUCUGACUGAGAAUCAAGUAUUUAUUAAAAAUCAUAGGUACACAGGCUUCGUCAUGAAUUAUCUGCCCUUGAAAGUCGAAUUUUUCAGUAUUUUCCAACUUUCAAGGGCAGAUAAUUCAUUAUCAAGCCUGGGUACCUAUGAUUUUAAUACAUAUUUCUGUUUUAAACUAGAUUCACAGUCAGUACACAGAAGUUUAAAGAAAUUUUGCCCGUAGGAAAAGUUUGCCCUGAAUACAUUUAGGGCAAAAUUUACUUAACACCGUAUAUUAUCAGUGCAAAUCUGUUGCUGUGUUAUCUACGACUAAAGUACUUGGACACAGAUGACAUCUGAUCUCUGUGGUUAUUUGGUUUCAUAUGAAAAUAUUAUUGUAUUUACUUUACAUGUUUUAGAAGAUGAAUUUAUAUAUUAUACAUAUUUUAGAUGUUAUGUUUUCUUUACAGUCUAAUACAUAAAAUAUUUUAUCAUAUUAAAUAAUCGGAAUAAAUGAUGGGAAACAGAA